AUGGGGAGCUUAAAGAGCAAUGGCAUCUCUAGCACCAAUCAGCAACUGUCUUCACCGACGGCGUCGGUGUCGGAAUCCAACGCGGUUGCCUCCUUUGAGCCGGAGACCAACAACCAGACCACCUUCCAAGGGCUCAAGUACGACGUGGACAUCGACGUCGAGAUCCAGUCGCCAGAUAUCUCCUUAUGGGAGUCCUUGUUUGCCGACCAGAUCGAUUCAGGCACUGACUUCAUGAUCUCCUCCCCGAGGAGAGACUUCAUGAUCUCCUCCCCGAGGAGAGACUUCAUGGUCUUUUCCCCUAGGAGAGACUACAUGAUCUCUCCUAAGAGGGACUACAUGAUCUCUUCCCCUAAGAGGGAUUACAUGGUCUCUUCUCCAAAGAGGGACUGCCUGAUCUCUUCUCCUAAGAGGGAGGAGUACAUGGUGUCAUCACCUAGGAGAACAGGCAUCAGCUCCAUCUACAGUACUCAUCAUAGCAGUAACGGCUACGUGCAUGGGAUGCAUGGGCUCUAUGGAUGCACCUCGCCUCCAUAUAACUCAUCCAACCAUAGCAAAGGGAAGUCACAGAGCCCACUCCACAAGGUCUUUAACAGCUUUUCUUCUCCAUAUUCUUCUUCCACUCAGUUUGCUCAUGGAGAGUGCCUCGCCCUGCCGGCGAUGGACGCAUUCUUGGAUGAGUACGGUAGGGAGAACUACAGCACGUAUACAUCAUCAUUGAAUGGCACAGGGGGGAUCGAGUGCUCUUCAGAGCCCCUUGAGAUGCCACCAACAACGACACUGCCAUCGCUGCUGGACUGCUUGACAGUGGAGUCAAGAUAUGGAGAUGGUGUGGGUGAAAAGAUGGCCGGAGGGCUGCAGAUCAGUGGAGAGGGGGAUUUGUAUCAGAUGAGUCAGUUUGGGGUUGGGGGAGCGGCACAGCAGCAAGGCCAGCAGCAGCAAGGGAGGGAUAUUGAUCAUGGAUUGCUUGGAUCAGUGAGUAAGACUGAGUUGGUAGAAUCUUCAUACCAUGGCUUGUUGAGUGGCCCUAUAAUACCUUCGGAGUCGGAGCAGGAACAAGACAGUGGGUUGCAGCUGGUGCACCUCCUCCUGGCGUGUGCCGAGGCGGUGGCCAAGGACGACUACCUCGCCGCCCGGCGCUACCUCCACCACCUGAACAGCGUCGUCUCCCCACUCGGCGACUCCAUGCAGCGCGUUGCCUCCUGCUUCGCCGACGCCCUCGCCGCCCGCAUCUCUCCCUCUCCCUCCUCCUCCUCCUCCCCCAGGCCCUGGUUCCCCACCCUCGACACUCUCAAGAUCUACCAGAUCCUCUACCAGGCCUGCCCCUACAUCAAAUUCGCCCACUUCACCGCCAACCAGGCCAUCUUCGAGGCCUUCGAGUCCGAGGACCGCGUCCACGUCGUCGACCUCGACAUCGUCCAAGGCUACCAAUGGCCCGCCUUCCUCCAAGCGCUCGCCGCCCGCCCGGGGGGGCCGCCAGCCCUCCGCAUCACCGGCGUCGGCCACCCGGCCGAGUCGGUCCGCCAGACGGGCCGCCACCUCGCCGAGCUCGCCCACUCCAUCCGCGUGCCCUUCGAGUUCCACCCCGCGGUCGCCGACCGCCUCGAGGACCUCCUCCCAGGCAUGCUCCACCGCCGCAUCGGCGAGGCCCUGGCCGUCAACGCCGUAUGCCGCCUCCACCGCGUCCCCGGCGCCCACCUCGGCCAGCUCCUCUCCAUGAUUCGCGACCAGGCGCCCAAAAUCGUCACUCUAGUGGAACACGAAGCCAGCCACAAUGGGCCUUACUUCUUGGGGAGGUUCUUGGAGGCAUUGCACUAUUACUCGGCAAUAUUCGACUCGUUGGACGCUACUUUUCCGGCGGAUUCGGCGGCGAGGGCGAAGGUGGAGCAGUACAUCUUCGCGCCGGAGAUCAAGAACAUCGUGGCGAGCGAGGGAGCGGAGAGGGUGGCGAGGCAUGAGAGGCUGGGGAGGUGGAGGAAGGUGAUGGAGGGGAGAGGAUUCAAGGGGGUGGCGUUGAGUGCUAACUCCGUUAACCAGAGCCGUAUAUUGUUGGGAUUGUAUGCCUGCGAUGGGUAUAGGUUGACGGAGGACAAUGGGUGCUUGUUGUUGGGGUGGCAGGACAGGGCAAUCAUCGCCGCUUCGGCGUGGAGGUGUUGAUGGGGAUCGAUGGGUCUUGGAUUUGGAGGUCGUGGUGUUUUUGCCUGCGUGUGCUUGGGUUUGGUCUCUCGUGGUAUGGCCAUGAAUAAGAGCUCAGACGAGGGAUUAAGUAGGUAGAUGAAAUAAUAAGGUAUACGGUUGAACUUAUGGUAUAUAUUGUAUGUAGAUAAAGUUAAUUAUAUGUAUGAUGAUGAUGCAGUUAUUUUUAGAGUAGGUUGGCAGGAAGGAGAAAUUAUACUCUACACCGAUCGGGUGCACCAAGCUUAGAAUGCAUAACGCCAAUCAAAUCUUUCGUUCCUGUGGAUCCCAUUACACCACUAACAUAUAUGGUGCACCUGAUGUAAGGUAUAAUUUCUCAAGAAGUAUGAUGAUUUGCUAUGAUCUCAGUCUAAACAACUGUGAGAAUAGGCCUGUAUUGGAUUGGAGUCGUCAAGCCCAACCGACUUCAGCUCAUAG